AUGAGUAAUAAUAGAAAUUUAGAGAUUCAGCGUGGUUCUGUUGAAGCAGAUUUCAUCUCAAUCAACUCUCGUUCAUCCAACAAUGGAUACAUAAAUCAGAACUUAGCUGAUGAGGAAUCUCAAACUCUUGAAUCCAAUGACUCAAAGACAAGGCCACGAUCGUGGAGAAACAUUCUUUUUUUAAGUUUCACUUCAUUAGGUGGAAUUUAUGGAGAUCUUGGAACUUCGCCCUUGUAUGUUUUAAAUUCCAUUGAGUAUGCAAAUUCACCACCAAACCAAAGCGAUAUCUACGGUGCAAUAUCAUUGGUUUUCUAUGUUUUCACAUUUAUUGUUAUCUUGAAAUACGUGUUAAUAGUAUUAUUUGUCGGUCCUAACAACGGUGAGGGUGGCCAGGUUGCUAUUUAUGCAAAGCUUGCCAGAGCAUUGAAAAUCGGUCCGAAGGGACUAACUAUUUCAGGAACAACAGAAACUUCUGAUUUAGAGCUAUUGUCUAGACAAGAGACAUCAAGCAGUUUUAUUUUGGACUCAAAUAAUCUUCUUGGAUCUUCAUCAAAUGUUAAGAAUAAUCCAAAGUUACUUAAGUUUAUUGCAAAGUUAGUCCUAUGCUGUUGUUUUAUAGGUUGUUCAUUAGUUAUAUCUGAUGGAUUGUUAACACCUACAACAUCAGUUCUAAGCGCAAUUGCUGGAAUUCAAAUAGCAAAACCUUCUUUUGAUAGUGUCCUUGUUGUUUCUGAAGUGGUUUUGGUGUUCUUAUUUCUCAUACAACAAUUUGGUUCUUACAAGAUAUCGUUUUUUUUUGCACCCAUUAUUUUUCUUUGGUUAAUAAGCUUAUUCAUCUGCGGGAUAUUUAACAUUGUCCAUUACCACCCCAAAAUCUACCGAGCAUUAUCUCCAUAUGACGCAAUCGCUUUGUUGCGAAAGGUUGGCAUUGAUGCAAUCGGAGGAGCUAUGUUGUGUAUAACAGGGACUGAGGCUAUGUUCGCUGAUAUAGGACACUUCGGAAGAAUUCCAAUUCAACUUGCCCUAACAUUCUUCGUUUAUCCAAUUUUGGUUACUUCGUAUCUUGGACAAGGUGCUUAUCUUAUUGAACACCCAGAAGCUGUAAGGGAUCCGUUUUUUUUGUCUAUUCCUGGUGGAAACAAUAAUAGUAUCUUUUGGAUCAUCUUUAUUCUAGCAACAUUAAGCACAAUAAUUGCCAGUCAAGCUCUAAUUCUAGGUGUUUUCAGUAUAAUUUCUCAGUUAACUAAUUUGGACUAUUUUCCAACGUUUAAAAUAUUACAUGUCUCCAAAAAGUAUCAUGGUAAAGUUUAUAUUCCAAGUAUUAAUUGGAUAUUGAUGAUAGGGGUUUGCUGUACCACUGCAGGAUUUAAAACUAGCAGUAAUAUUACAUCUGCUUAUGGCUUGGGAAUUGCUCUUGAUUUAAUUGUUACAAGUACCUUGAUUUCAAUUUGUAUGAUUUAUGUAUAUAAUUGGAAUAUCGUCAUUCCAAUUUGUUUUAUAUUGUUAUUCGUACCCUUAGAGGCUGUUUUGGUUAUUUCAAAUCUAAAGAAAAUAAUGCAUGGUGCUUGGUUCCCGAUAAUGAUGGCUAGUAUUUUCUUUAUAUUCUUUUCAUUCUGGAGAUGGGCUAGAUCAAAGGCAAUCGAACAAAAAUUCAAUUCAAGAAUAAGAAUUGAUAACUUAUAUCCUUCAUUUAAGAAAGUCCCGGGAAACAAAAAUUUUGAUUUAAUCCAUAAAAAUAGUGAUAAUAGUUGGAUAGGCCUAGGUGGAGAAGUAAUAGAAUAUGGCAUUGAACUUCCAAAGAUACUUAAUUUAAGCAAUAAUGCAUUGAAAGUUAAUUCAAAAUUCGGUUCCACCAUCUUGCAACGACACCAAGGGGUCGGAAUAAUGUAUUGUGAAUCAUCUAUUCAUAUUCUUCAAUCUCCAAAUACAGUACCUCAGAUAUAUGGCAAAUUGGUUUCAUCUUUUGCAUCCAUUCCGUCUGUUUUUAUUUUCUGUUCGGUUAGGAUUUUGCCAAUCCCAAACGUGCCUGAUAGUGAAAGGGUUUUAAUUGGAUCAAUGAAAAUUCCAGGGCAUUACCGAUGUAUUGUAAGAUUUGGUUUCAUGGAGGAGAUUUUAAUCAAUUCAGAUCUCAAUAAUGCAAUAUUAUCCACAAUUCCUGAUGCCCAAGCUUUAAUGAAGAACAAUGAAACAAAUUCAAAGGGAGAGAAACCAGAUGAUCUUCCAAUAUUACAUAUAUUUGAAAACAAUUCAACCCGAUCACAUAUGUAUUCGGAGGAGCAAUUCAAAACGAAAAACCCAAUCCUUCUAGCAGCCAGAUAUAUUAGAAGAGUUUUGAUAAAUCAAAUCUACAGUCCUCUUAGUUCCAUCACAGAAUACAAUGAUAAAUUAGUCUGUAUUGAGAACGAAGAUAAUGAAAUAGAAAAGAAACUACUUAUUGGGGAAGUUGUUCGGAUAUAA